GUCUUUUUCUCUGAACAGAGAAGCCCUUGAUUCCUCUCGCACACAUUCCUCCAACAUACGGACAACCUCUCUCUUUCCUCAAGAUGACUGCAGGGCUGUGUGUGUGCAUCGUAUUGGGGGUCCUGUGCAAUAGCUGCUUGGGACGCCCACACUCCUCCUCGUCCCUUCAAGAGGUCCGCCAAGGCCUGAGCCCUCCCUCUGAAGCACAUCUCAAAACAAAUGGCCACUUCGACCCUGAGCCCCGCCUCAGACAUUCCCGUUCUGACCCUUUGACCAAUACCAUCCCAUAUGCCGGAGAAGAUGAAGACCCCAGGGCGAACCUCAGUGAACUGUUGGCUAGACUGAUCUCCUCACGGAAAGGCUCCAUCCGUAGGAACUCCACGGUGAACAGCAGAGCCAGCGGUCUAAAUGUCAACCACCGGAUAAAAGACCGGGACUACACCGGCUGGAUGGACUUUGGCCGCCGCAGUGCAGAAGAGUACGAGUACUCCUCGUAAAUGGCUGACCUGUCUAUGAGAAAACAACAUCAACAACACAUGUCACUGGUUCGUCACUGUCCCGCCAGAAAAAAGCAUAUUUAUUCUGUAUUUGAUGUAAAUUUGUUUGUAAACACUAUUUGAUUCAAUAUAUACAUAUGUCAAAUUUUGCAGAAAAGCUUACUUAAAGUUGUGGUUUUCUUUCA